UGAAACCUUUUCUAAGUGUCUGCAUUCGUCAGAUAGAUAUAGCUCUAAAGAUGCUAUGCUAAAUAUGAAUUUUCUACCCAGAUACACUAAAUUAAGGGAGGAAAAAACAAUCCAAUGAAACACUAGUCUUGCAAAAUCUCAAUUCUCAAGAAGAUGGUCAAUUGCAAAAUCAUUUGUAACAAUCCUUUGAAGAAACAUUUGGUAGUGGUCAUGAUGGUUCUUUCUUUCAUUUCUAAUAUUCAUGCCCAAGACAGUAGUGACACAGAUACCAUGCCAAAUCUCCCAGAACCUGUUCGACCAAGCAAGGUUGUUGUAAUAGUGGUCCUCUCAGUAUUAUUGACCUUAUCAGUUCUCUUACUUCUCUAUAUAAGGUUCCGCAGAGCCACUUCUCCUGAACUCUUUGAAAGCCGCCAUGUACCCAGUUUUCAAGCACUAACUCGAUCAUUGUCAAGGCUUUCAGGGAUAGACAGAGAAGUGAUUGAAACACUCCCAUUUUUCAGAUUCUCUUCCCUUCAGGGGUCCAAAGAAGGGUUGGAGUGCACGGUUUGUCUCUCGCACUUUGAGGACACUGAGAUUCUUAGGCUCUUGCCAAAGUGCAAACACGCUUUCCACAUGAGUUGCAUUGACAAGUGGCUUGAAAAUCAUUCUAGUUGCCCUCUUUGUAGGAGCAAAGUUGACCCUUUAGACAUCAAGAAUUUCACUCACUCAGUGAGUUCAAGGUUCCUCAGGGUUCCUUCAAAUUUAACCGAGGACACCCACGUUGAAAUCUUUGUUCACAGGGAACCAUCCCAUCGAGGGUCAUCAUCAGGGUAUAGCAUUGGAAGCAGGUUUGGGAAUUUGGGUUGGAGCAACAAAGAAGAACAACUUCUCAUUGAUCAAGAGGUUUGUGGCACAAGUGGGAAACACGUGCAUAGGUUCAAUCACAAAAUUGUGGUCUCCGAUGUUGUCACAAGGAGCAGGUGGAGUGAUCUUAACUCUUCAGACAUGUUAUCAUUGAAGAGUGAGAUGCUACAUGACAUGGCAAGCAGAAGAUUCUCUCCCUUUGAUGAAAGUUCGUUAAUGAUAAUGAAUAGUGAUGAGAAGAGGUCUUUGUCUGAGAUUGCUCGUGUUCCUAGGUUCAUAGAAACGUGCAAGAUGAAUAGAAUGGAAGAAGGUGUAGCAUUAGGUGGGAACAAUGGGAGGGAAGAGAGGUUGAAGAGGAUUUGGUUCCCAAUUGCUCAACGAACAGUGCAAUGGUUUGCAGGACAAGAGAGGAACUCGAGAGAAUUAGAACACAAACAUCUAGCUCCAAAUGCUUGAUCAUGGAGUUGGAACAACUUAGCAACUAGUAAGAACUGUACAGUUUUUUUUAUGGGGUGUGCUCAUCUUAAUUUUUUUUUCUUUUCCUCAUUGGUGUUUUAAUUAGAGAUAUAAGGUCCAACAGGAAAAAGAGUUUAAGGUGUUGAAUAAGUACUUGUUAUAUAAUUACUUAUAUAUAUAAAGAAAACAGAGAAGAUAUAGACUGAAAUUCAAUUUUCAUUAAAAGGUUGAGAUGGAUACAACUUGGAACAAAGAUAACAUUGAGGUUAAGGUUAAGGUGCAGAAAUUACACUUUCUUCUACAAUUGAUACAAACAGAUAUGAAAUAUAAUGACAUUAUGUAAUUGAUAUAUGUGUGGUAAUUCCAACAAUGAUGCCCAUAAUUUUAUUAAAAAUGAUACAUUUUUUUUAUAUAAAAUAUUUAUUUUCUCCAUGAUUAAAUAC